GUUGAUAUACACUGUUUGUUAAAACCCUUAUAAUGUGCCCUCAGUUAGUUCAGUCUGUCAUUAGGAUAGGCGUGGCCUACAUCACUAAUCAGGCAUGACGGUGAUUAUGCUGAGGGGUACGGUACCUCAACCAUACCUCGUGGGUCUGAAGGGUAAUAAUAGAUCGGUUUACGUCCGUCGGUGAAUUCCAUGGGUCUGCAUUAUUGAUUUGAAUUAUUAACAUGAUACACUACCAAUGUGUAUACACAUUGUGCCUGUGGGAAAAUCAUGAGUGUGCAAGCACUCAAACCAUAAUGCACGGGUGGAUGGUGUUCACGUAUAAAUUAGCUUAGGGAUUUCUUGAAUUGCUAAUGAGGUUGCUUGUGUUACGGUACCCACGCAUGAGAUUCACGUGCAGUUUUAUAUAAAGGCGCGCGUUAAAGAAACCACUGGCAGUUAAAUCAUAGUACAAACGGCUGUCUGGCAGAACACUCCAUCACUAGUAAUUUAAUUUCUGAAUCAUGAGGCAGACCAACAAAUCAAAGAAGAAAUUGGGGACGGGAUGUGAAGAAGUACUCCAUCAGCGGUUCAAGGCACCAUCAGCAAGAAAAGAUGUCAACGAUAACAACAUAAGCAAUGGAACAACAUCUCUGGUGAGCAAUUGUGGACUGAAGACGAGGAUAGGAGACGUUGGCGAGUCUAGUUACCAACCCCUACCUGUGAUAGCAAGGUUAUUUUUCUACGGUAUGCACGGGUUCCUGGAUGAAAUUGUUUUCACGGCCUUGUAUGAUAUUUUGGUACACGGUAAACCAAAUUACCAGCUGGUUGGCUACUCUUCAAUAUAUUCCUUCUUCAUUUACGGAAGCGGAAGCUACAUAAUCGAGCGUAUUUACGUCAAUUUACGUCAUCGGGUUCAACUGGGUGUCAGGAUAGCCAUUUACGUAUGUAUCGCGUUCCUAUGGGAGCUUAGCGCCGGGCUUAUCCUACGGCAGUUUGAUGCUUGUUCAUGGGACUACAGCGAUAGGUCACUGAACUUCUUGGGUCUCAUCACUCUGACGUAUACACCAUGCUGGGCUCUGUGUGGACUUUGGCAAGAUUGUUUAUCGCGGUAUCUACUCAAUUUGAGAGUGGUGCCGCCUUCAAUGAAACUUACCUAAUAAAAAUGCAUUUUCUGGUAUUUUC